CUGUGCUAAUGUGGUAUGGCAACUUGAAUUGAUGUAUGUACGUACGAAGUUCUACGUUGUUUCUGACUGACUGACUACCUUCUGCACCACACUACUUGUGACAAUCUGAAAACAAUAAACUUUUAGUUACUGGGGGUUGUUGAGGUUAUUUCCCCACUUUUUACUCGUUCACCUUCCAAUGUUCUUGCUCAUCAUGUGCUUUUGAAUUUAAUUUUUAACAAUAAACGCUUUCCCAACACAACUGUUAUUUUAGCUUUUGAAUAUUCUCGUGCAAAUCUAAGGCGAUACUGAUAGUUAGCCCGCUUAGAAAUGCACAGUUAAUGGGUCAUCACGUUUUGAAGUCAAAGUGAGGAAAUAGCAUCAACAAGAUAUCGACUUAUCUGUUCAAGUAGUCUAUAUCCUGAUACGUAUAUUAGAUUUCUACCAUGGGGCUAGUUGUUUAGUCUCAUCUGAUAAAAUAAAUCCAAUCAUUGUAUACUAUUAUCUGAAACGGUUAAGUUUGAUAUGGUGUUAUUUUUUUGAAUAACGCCUAGUAAAAAUAAUUUUGUUGGAUCUUGAAUUUGGCUUUCUCAAUAUUAUAAUCCAUCACUUUUCACUUCAUUGCUUUGUGUAGUAAUUAUUUAAUUCACCAUGAGCAGUAGGUGAUUUUUAUUAAAUUUCAGUAAAAACAUCCUUCCUUGUUACUUUUAGCUAAGCAUAAAGUUUCACGCGAUUGUGUAUAAACUUUGGUUAUCGCAUUUUUUAAAAUCGUAUGACGACGUGGAAAAGAUAAUAACGUGAAGAAGUGGAAGUAAUUGAAAUUUCUUGUUUCCAUAUUUAUUUUCUGUUUGAAAAAGAUAAAGACGUAUGUUGUGCGAUUUUCAGUAACAGUACCUAAAAUUGCAUUAUUUAGUUCGCUAUCGUUGUUAUUCUUUCUUUGUGAAAUUACAUUUGUCCUAUUACUUUACUGCCACUUGUCUUCUUAUAUAUCAGUAUUGUAAUGCUAAACUUCAGUAAAUUAGUGGCUGAUGUAUUAACUGUGUUCAAAUGAAGAUUACUAUCAAUGAUGAUUUUAAAAUGCAACGAAUUGGUUGUAAUGAACAGAUAGAUUUAUUAAGUUUUUUUCUUGAUUUUAGAGAUACGCUUUGCGAUCAGACAUCUCUUUUUAUUGUGUCCUGAAAGGUAGUUAACAUCAUCAGUCCUCUAGCAUACCGUACAAAUGACUUACAGCUUCAUAGUGUCGUUCGACAAAGUUUGUAUUAUUACUACGUUUUAUGGUGCUUUGGCUAAACUGGUCAAGGCGCUGUGAUUUCAUUCAUUUUUAUCAUAAUCUCAAACUUAAUUCACUUCUAAGUUCACUUGGUGUUGUUUGAUUGUAUCUUCCCAUUGUUGUUUAGGACUGCAAUUAAUCAGCCUCUUGUUGACAUAUUUGCGUUCUGCAUGGAUUGCCUCAAUACUGCCUUAAGUCACAACCUUUAUAAGCAAAGAUGGAUAGUGACUAGGACGAAACGCGCGUCCUGGAUACCACUGUUAGCUACCAUCCAUCUUUGCUUAAUUCACUUCUGUCUAAAUAUAUAAGGAUUGUUAACUUGUACACUGCACAUGUAGCGUAUAGCCUCGUACAUAAUUGUUUAGGAGGUUGAGGGGCCAUAUAAUAUUUCGAUCAGUUCCAUUUGUCAGGUAUCUUCUCUACAGUACCUAGUUAUUCCCCGAUUAGUGGCACACAAUAAGUAGACUUUCCAUUAUCCAAGGCUCGGUUCCAUAUUGUGCUUACUAUACUUGGAAAUGUCCUGUGUUUGGAAUAGAUGUUUUGUCUCAGUGUUUGUUUGUAUAAACAUUGCUUCUAGAGUUUGAAAUCGUCGUGAAAGCAUCAAUAAAUCAUUAGUACUGAUUGAUAAUUGUUGGGUUUUUUGUCCUCAGUUGGCAAUAUGUUCCUUUCAACAGGUGCAACCUUCGAUUGCAACACCGACUUACACGACCUUGGCCCUGUGCCAAACCAAUGACGUGUUGACCAGUACGAGCAGCCUAGAGUCAAUUCUAAGUCCUUAUUGGAUCUGCUCACCUAGUCUUGUCCGUUUAAGUUCAGAACACAAAUCUCAGUUUCCACUGUAUGAACCAUAUAUUUCAGACACACUUGGUUUACAUACAAGCAAGUCAGACCGUAUCACAUCAUAAAGUAGAAAAUAAAAAUUAUACAAUAUCAAGUCAAAAGUGACUGCGAGUGUGAGAGACUGUAACUAAUAAAAUGGGAAAAUCUAAAGAAUUGUAAGUCCUAUAAUAAUAGUCAAUAGGUCAGAUGGAAGCUUAUAAUAAAAGGAAUAUAUAUAUAGUUACUUAAUAGUUAUCCAGUAAGAAUAUAUGUAAUAAUAAAUAAUUCCUAUCAGUUACCACUCAUUUAUUCUUGGUUAGGAUAUAACUUUUUUUAUUAUGUUUUCCUGGGUAAAGUUAUUUUAAUGAACGUUGAAAAAUUGUUAGUAAUUUUGAAUUCAUUAAAUAUAUAUUUGGGUAUUCAUCAAAGUUUCCCACUCUCUUUUCAGUAAUAAUCUGUUAUUAAACAUUUUAGGAUUAAGUCACAUAUUUUGAAUAAAAUAUUAAUAACGUUUGAUUGUGGUUUCAUUUGAAACUAUGUAACUGUGGGUCUUCUGGAUUAAAUUACUGUUAACAUCUCAUUUUGCAAAUUUCGCAUACGUGUACACGCAUCAAUUGUUAAUUAUUUUUGAGAUAGCUAGAAAAUAAAGUACAUAUUACAAAGAGAACAUGUGCUUUCAUCUCAUUUAAUGAUAACAUUUACACUGGUGAAUCGACAAACAAUCAAUUCCAUGUAUGUAUUCACUGUGUAAUACUGCUUAAGUGUCUAGAUUAAUAAUAUUGUCAAAGCCAUUACUAAAUGUAAUCUGUUUAAAUUAUUUUGACAAUUUACUAACUUCUAAAUAAAAUUAAGUUAUUUGGCACUUGUUAUUAACGUUAUAUGCAUACCUUUAGUUACGCCGACGAUCUUAGUAUAUGUGUGUAAUAUAUCAUUGAUUAUUAUUAUUAUUAUUAUUAUUAUUAUUAUUAUUAUUAUUAUGUGUAUUACCACUUACUUUACAAUAGGAUUACAACUUUUCCAUUGUUUCUUAAUGUUGAUUCAUCGAAAAUUUAAUUUACCAACAUCAUUGCACAACAAUUAUCGCUUAUAUUUCAAAUAUAUUGUCUCAAAUCUACAUAAACAAGAUUUUCUAAAUAUUCAAUGCAGAUCUAGUCAUUCAGCUAAGGAAAAGGAUGCUCACUCAAUAGUAUCAUUGGAUAAGACAAAAUGUAAUGAGAAUAAAGCGAUAUGUAAAAAUGUUAAAUUAAUUGGAUGGGUUCAAUCUGUUAGAAAACAUAAAUCUUGCGUAUUUUGCAAUAUAUCAGAUGGUUCUUCACCUUAUGAUUUGCAAGUUGUCACUUCGCCUAGUGAGAUUACUGAUAAGAUAACCGUUGGUUGCGCUUUGUCAGUUGAAGGUGACAUCUAUCAUAUUCCAAAUGUUCUAAAAACAUCUCAAUUGUCAAUUGAUAAACCUGCCGUUCAAUGUUGUGGAGAAUUACGUGCUAAGAUUGUUAAUAUUUUGGAUACUGAAAAUCAAGCUGGAGAAUUACAACUUGAAAAGUCAAUUAACAAUGUUUCUCUUCCUUUUAAUCACAGUGUUCCUACGAUAAGUCAAAUGAUAAGUUCACUGGGUCGGCAUAGUCCACGGCCUGAUUUAGGAGUUUUACGCUCAGUUGAAGCAUUAUCUAUGCGUCAUCGACUACCUGAGUUUGGUGCAAUGCUUAGAAUGCGUGCCCAUAUUAAGCGAAUAGUUAGAAAAGUGAUGAGUUCAUGUGACUACUUAGAGGUUGAUACUCCGAUCCUCACUUCAACAGAUUGUGAAGGCACUGGUCAGAUGUUCCAAGUUCAAGCACCUGCGCUUAAUGAGACUAGAGAAUCCGAUAGUUCAAGUAUAUAUUUAACCGGUAGUGCUCAGAUGCAUUUGGAAUCUCUUGCUCUGGGUUUAAGUAAGGUUUAUACAUUGAAUCCAACAUUUCGAGCUGAGAAUUCAAGUACAAGACAUCAUCUUGCAGAAUUUUACAUGCUUGAAGCAGAGUCAAUUUACUUAGAUAAUAUUAAUUCAUUAUGUAGAGAAAUUGAAAUGUUAAUUAAAAAGAUAUUAAAUGAAUGUUUAGAAAUUUAUCCUAUCUCAGGAUGUAAUGAACUCAAUGCAUUACAAAAUGAUUUAGUGUUGAUUCGAACAUUCCUUGGAAGUCAAUCUGAAUCUGAUAGCCAUUCCCAAAGUUUUCUAGUUGAUUCUGCUCUGGAGCUAAGAAAUGUUUUGGAAACAAUGCUGAAACAACCGUUUGUUUGCAUUUCAUAUUCUGAAGCUAUAGAGUACUUGAAUAAAGAAAUGGGUACAGCUGAUCUUACUACUUCGAAACCUCGGGAUUUGAACAAAAAAGAGGAGUACAAAAUCCUAGAUUGGGUUGGCGGGAAUCGUCCUGUCUUCAUUACUCAUUUUCCCAUGGAACUUAAACCAUUUUAUUGUCAGUCAAUUAAUGGUAUUGAAGCUGAGUGUGCUGAUUUGUUAUUUCCAGGGAUCGGCGAACUAGUUGGCGCCAGCGUCCGUGAGAAUGUUGCUUCUCGUUUACAAACACGCAUGAAAUCCAAUCAGUCGCAGUGGUACAUUAAUUUACGUGGUACUGGUAGUGCUCCCCAUGCUGGUUUUGGUCUUGGCUUCGAGCGUCUUAUGCAAUUUGUUUUGGGAAUAGCUAACAUUCGAGAUGCAAUAGCAUUCCCAAGAAAUGCCAAUAAAAUUAUUUUCUAAAAAAGGCUUUUACUUUGAAAGCUACAUAUUGAUGAAUGUUAGGCGUUAAAGUCGCUUCCAGUUCCAUAUUCAGUUAAACCAAACGGUUAUUAUUCACUAUUGUCAGACAAAGUUCAAAUCAUUUUUCUAUGUAUAAUAAUAUUGUGCCUAAAUUUUGCUAAGUACUUCGACCGAACGCAUCGAGCCGAUUAUUUAGUUCCAAAGAGGUAAGUAUAAUUUAACUCAUAUCCGAGACAUCGUGGGAGUUUCGGUGCUGCAAUUCAUCAUAAGGAGAAAACACCGAUAUGUUUUUAAUCAGUUUGUCCCAAUCCUUAUUCUCUUAUUUAUUCAAAGCUACAAUAUUCAAAUGUUUUGACGUAGAAUGUCCGUUUAAUUUUAUAGGAUACUAU